UAUCUGUUUAGCUUGUAAAAUGCCUGAUCCAGCGAAGUCUGCGCCUAAGAAGGGCUCCAAAAAAGCCGUCACCAAGGCGGCCGGCAAGGGAAAAGGAAAGAGGAGAAAGACAAGGAAGGAGAGCUAUGCUAUCUACGUCUACAAAGUGCUGAAGCAGGUCCACCCUGACACCGGCAUCUCGUCCAAGGCCAUGAGCAUCAUGAACUCGUUCGUCAACGACAUCUUCGAGCGCAUCGCUUCUGAGGCGUCUCGUCUGGUUCACUACAACAAGAGAUCCACCAUCUCCUCCAGAGAGAUUCAGACUGCGGUGCGUCUCCUGCUGCCCGGUGAGCUGGCUAAGCAUGCUGUGUCAGAGGGCACUAAAGCUGUCACCAAGUACACCAGCUCCAAGUAAAGUGCUCUAACAAUGUUAGCACUCAACGGCUCUUUUAAGAGCCACUCACUCCUUCAAAAGAGAAAGUUGCAGAAAAACGUUUAUUUGCUUCAUCGACAUUAUAUCAUCAAGCAGCCUUAAAUUUAUAUAUACCAGCAAUGCCAAUGAC